CAAUGAACCAUGAAGCAGGAUUCCGAAGCUGGAUGGUGUGUGCCAACUCUUAGAUGCCGGUGCAGAAUCGCUAUGUCUGAAGCCAAGAUCUACCGUGCUUUCGUUUGUGGACGGAUCGGAAAUUUGAUCGUGGUGCAACUUGACCGACAAAGUGACAAGACUUCACAGAUUGCGCACUUUGCGCAAGAGGUCUUGGGUCUUUGGUCCUGCCAUGAUCUGGGUGAGGCAUGGCCUUUUGAGGAGAUGACAUUAGACAAGCUCCUUGAAGCCUUGGACCCUUCUUUAGCUGGUUGGCACGACUGUGCCAUGUACAUGCAACAUCGGCAUCAAAGUCGCCCCUUGCAAGCACUGGGUUUGGCAUCAACCUCGUUGCUUCGGAAGCGUGCGGCGCUGUUGGGACUCACCCUUUGCGCCUUCCUGGCAGGUGAGGAGGCAGAGUUGGCGUACUUCGGCAGCUUUAGGCAGGAAGUGAACAUCAUUCGAAAGAUGGAAGUGAAGAAGAUUAGACCCCAGGCCACCUUCAAUGGCACCUCAAGCAUUGCGCGGCCUCGGACUGCUUUCGCUGUCUCCCAAAACAAAGAGAACAAUUGUGUGGAGGGCAGCAGGCUGCCUGAAGCUCGGCUGCUGCAGCAGUGGCAAGGCAUCAAAAUCCCAUGGAUGCCAGAGAGCUCUACAAAAUCGCAGAAGAGAAAUCUAGCGUACAUUGAACCUGUGUCGCCGGAGGCUUUCCAGGAAGUUCUCGUGCGGGCACGGCUGUCUUUCCAGGAGGAAGUUCGAAAGCCACAGUACCAGAAACCUCCAGCAGAGCGUUUCUUUUUCGAGCUCCAGAAGGCCUUUCGCCCAUGGCCCUGCAUCAUUGCAGCGCACUCCGAAGGCAAAGCCAUGGUUGAGAAUGGUGUGAGGAGCUUUUGCUUGGUGAUGGACAGAAAGAUGAAAGAGCCUUUUGGUAAAGGAGCUUUAGUCUUUUUCGAGGUCAAGCAGCACGAUGGCCAGAUCUACUCAUUUCACUCCUUGUCUCGAAGUCACCAGAGCAUGAGGCGAAAUCGAACUGAAGAAGACGAGCGCUUGGCCUUCCAGUUGGCCUUUGGCACAGAAACCAUGUCGCGCCUUGAGACCGGCUUGGUGCGUCAGUUCAAGGUGGACAGAAGACCCACUGGUUGGCGACAGGACGACUUCAAAGCCCCGAAGGGGCGUGGGAUCUUUGCAUGGACGCUUUCGGAGACUCUUCAGCAAGGCUUUGUAGGCUGGAUGGCAGGAAAGCAGGAGAAGAAUCAGAAAGUGAGAAGGCCUGAAGUGGAUCCGCCCUUGUUCCAACGCUUUCUUCGGGACUGGGAGAAGCAAGAAGCCAGUCGGAUCAGCCAACUAGACCCAUCUGUGGACCCGAGCGCUCUAGAGAGGUUCAGCAGCCGUGUGCGACUGGUUUCGUCACAGGAUACCAGCAUCCGGCACUCUCAUGAGACGAUCAGCGAUAUCUUCACGCAUGGGCACAGGAAUAAGUCAAUCUAUGACUUGGUGUCUGACUUGAAACAAGGCAUUGUAAAUGCUCUGGACAUCCCUGCCUUGGUAGCCGUGAGCUAUGAGGGCAAGUCUUUUGUCAUCAUGGGCAACCGAAGGCUUUGGGCCUACAAGAACUGUGGAAUGCCGAUCCAAUUCAAGAUGAUCGUCCACGACUUUUCCCAGCUUCAUGGCAUGGAUCUGGAAGAGGAAUACGCGUUCAGGUUUAAGACUCUCCGUGCAGCCAGCACCACAACAGCUGGCCAACACGUGGACGUGCGACGAAGAAGCACUGGAAGCGGCCACGUGCCAGCCAAGGCGCCGGCCAAGGCGCCGGCCAAGGCAGCCAAGGCAGCACCAAAACGGAGCAACAAAUCCAUGGGCAGCCGUGUGGAUUUGUGCCUCCAGCCAUGCCCCAAGUCACGCCCUGAGAAGAAGGCCAUGCCGAGGCCAGCGAAAAAAGCAAGGCCAGCGCCGCCUCAGAAAGCGACCGGGCCAAUUGGUGCAAAAAGUGUUUAGUUUUCAUUUAAGGGCGUGUCCCGAUUCUUUCUUUUAAUAGCGCGCCUUGCGAGGCUUGAUUUGACUUAGCUUUGAGGUGAGACCUCAACCCGUGACGAAAAAGAGUCAAAA